UAAAAAAAAAAAACUCUCUUUCUUCAUGCAUUUCCACCACAUUUGACUCGCUUUUUUACUUCCUUCAUUUCUCUCUGCUAUCUCUCUCCUUCCCUCCUAACCCUUUUUUUUCUUCUCUGAGUUCGGUUCUUGCUUCUUCAUCCUUUCUCUCCCUCUGCAAAUGGCUCCCCUCUCUGUGAUUUCCUUGUCCCUUUGUUUUCUCCUUCCACUUCUUUCCCCUGCCAUUUCAACCAACUCUGAAGGAAAUGCUUUGCAUGCUUUAAGGAGGAGGCUUUCUGACCCUACCAAUGUGUUGCAGAGUUGGGACCCUACGCUUGUCAAUCCCUGCACUUGGUUUCAUAUCACCUGUGAUUCCAACAAUCAUGUGAUUCGCUUGGACUUGGGGAACUCUAAUAUCUCUGGAACUUUGGGGCCUGAGCUAGCUCAACUCCAACAUCUCCAGUACUUGGAGCUGUACAAAAAUGACAUAAGUGGGGAAAUUCCAAAGGAGUUGGGGAAUCUGAAGAACCUUGUUGGCUUGGAUUUGUAUGGUAACCGGUUCGAAGGAGAAAUUCCCAAGUCUUUUUCCGGACUGAAGUCACUGAGAUUCCUUCGUCUGAACAACAAUAACUUGACAGGAUCCAUUCCGAGGGAGCUUACUGCCCUCUCUAACCUUAAAGUAUUCGAUGUUUCUAAUAAUGAUCUCUGCGGGACUAUCCCGGUUGAUGGCCCUUUCGGGAUGUUCUCAAUGCCAAGCUAUGCAAACAACAUGCGCUUGAAUGGGCCAGAGCUGAAAGGACUCGUGCCUUAUAACUUCGGCUGCUGAAGAAACCAAUGUUUGUCGAACUCAUGAUCGCAAAAGCCCUGGUGACAUCCCCAUGCUGAUUUCUAUGUAGGAGUGGAUAGUGAGAUGCUCUACUCUGUAUCUAUAUAAUCUAUAAAAUAACAUGAUGCUAGGUUUUAAGCCUUUUGAUUUUUUUACAUGUCAAGCAAAGAAAUAUCUUUGUUAGAGUUGGUCAUGCCAUCAAUAUAUAUAUAUAUUGAUAUCUUUACCUUGAAA